AAACAAAAUGCCAGUGUGGCAAUAUAACAAAAUAAAUAGGUUCAGGUUAAAAAAAAUAAAUAAAGAAAGGAAAAAAACAAAACCUAGGUCAAUAGAACAGUUUUUGUAUUUGAAUAUUCUAUGAUGGUCUAAUGAUGUUGGUUUAUAAUCUUGAUGAUUUUUUAAAAUUAUAUAUUAUUGCCAUAUGAUAACCAUGCCAUGUGUGUAGGCUAACUGUGGGUAUGUUAACCUCAAUAAACAUUUUCCAGCACACUAUUAAAGUAGAACAGAAUGAUGUUAAAUGUGUGACAACAGGCCUCGUGGUUGGGGAAACGUCUUUUAUGGAAUCAUCUUCGUCUCUGUAUUUUUAAAAGAUGGCUCUUAAUACUAACUGAUAGAACCCAACAUAAAGAGCGUGCACUGUGGUGUGUCUGGUAUCGUCAUCACGCCGCUGAUUAGGUGGAGGGUGACGUAUGCAGCAGUCCUCCACCCCUCUCCCCCUCCCUCUCUCGGUUCUUCUCUCGGAUGCUGCGACUGAGCUCAACUCCUCCUCCUCCUCCUCCUCCUCCCUCAAAGAUGUCGCAUGAGCUUCUCCUCUCACCGCAGCAUUUCUUUUCCUUUCUUUCUUUUCGUUAUCUCCCAGUGCCCUAAAUAGUUAACCGAGUUCGAUCAAAUUGGCAACUCUCACCGCCGGGAGCAGUUCGCCUCUUGUAGGUACACGGACUGCCCCUCCUCCCCGCAACGGAGGUGUUUAGCCCCCCAACCCGGCGCAUCCUCUCUCUCUCUCUCUCUCUCUCUCUCUCUCUCUCUCUCUCUCUCUCUCUCUCUCUCUCUCUCCCUCUGCCCGUCUCUCUCUCUCUUUCCCCGCAAACGCCGCAGAACUCCGCCGACCAGCCGUCAGGUGACCGCGCGGAGCGGAAUAUUCAUCAGCAACGUCGUCGUCUUUCAUCCGUCCACUCCCUCGGACUGCAGGCUGCUGCCGCAGCCCCGGUCCCUCCUGUAUCCUCUCAUCCGGUUUGGGACAUUCUCUACUCCACGCACACGCAGAUUAACGGGGAUUCUGCCUCCCCGCCCGCGCUCAGAUGCUGAUGUCCUUGAGCUCGGCCUGCACGGUCCUGGUGGUGAAGCAGUAGCUACCUCUGCACUGGAUCCAUUUCCUCUCUCUGAUUUAUCAGCUGCCUUUGCCCUGCUUGCCCCUCUCUCCAUCUGUCCAUCAUCUGUCCAUCCUGGUCUGUGAGUCUGUCAGCCCGUCCAUCCAUCCGUCCAUGGACUGGCCGUGACCCUGGAGGGAGGGGGACAGAAACGAGGAAAGAGCGAAGUUGCAGAGGAGACAAAGUAAAAGAAAGCUGGAUUCAUUCAGACAUUACGCUUCUGAAGUUCCCCUGCUCGCUGUCCUUGAUCCCCCUCACCUUCCUCCUCCUCCUCUUAUUAUGAAGAAUUAAAGGAGCAGUGGGAGGCUAGGCCAAGGUUGUUGGGAGAAAAAGAAAUUCACAGCCAACGCCCCUUCAUUGUCCAUAGAAUUACCUGAGGGUUUAGGUACAGUAUAUUAUAAUUGCACAAUUUUAAGUAAGAAAUCAAGACUGUACCAGGAUUCUUCUGAGCACAUGAACAGCCCUUCACCAACCAAACGAAAGGGGAAGUGAGUUGAAGACACACUACACAGAGAAAGGAGGACCAAAAAAACCCUUCCUGACAUGUCAACAACAGCUACGAUGGGUGAAAUGGCAAAUAGCGCAGUGGAGUUUUAUCCCAAAGGGACUCGAGGUGGGGGCGGAGGAGGAGGAAGGACAGAUGGCAGCCAUGCAGGGGGAGACUUCGUGGUCACGGUGAAUGAGCUAAGGGAGCUGAUGGAGCUCCGAGGGGUCGACGCCCUGCAGAAGGUCCAGGACAGCUAUGGAGACACAGAGGGGCUCUGCCAGAGACUACAGACCAGCCCCACUGAAGGCCUCAGUGGGGACCCAGCAGACCUGGAGCGUCGGCAUCAAACAUUCGGCCAAAACUUCAUCCCUCCAAAGAAGCCCAAGACCUUUCUGGAGCUCGUGUGGGAAGCUUUACAGGAUGUGACACUCAUCAUAUUGGAGGCUGCUGCCAUCAUCUCCCUUGGCCUCUCUUUCUACCAGCCUCCAGGAAAGGAAAGUGAAUCAUGUGGGAAUGUGUCGGGGGGCGCAGAGGAUGAAGGCGAGGGGGACACAGGCUGGAUUGAGGGUGCAGCCAUUCUGCUGUCUGUUGUAUGUGUUGUCCUGGUGACUGCAUUUAACGACUGGUCCAAAGAGAAGCAGUUCCGGGGUCUACAGAGUCGGAUCGAGCAAGAACAGAAGUUCACUGUCGUGCGGAAAGGAAAUGUCAUCCAGAUUCCUGUGGCUGACAUGGUUGUGGGGGAUUUGGCCCAGGUCAAAUACGGGGACCUGCUGCCAGCUGAUGGUAUCUUAGUCCAAGGCAAUGACCUGAAGAUAGAUGAAAGCUCUCUUACAGGAGAGUCUGAUCAUGUACGCAAAUCUGUGGAUAAGGACCCCAUGCUGCUGUCAGGUACUCAUGUGAUGGAGGGCUCAGGCAGGAUGCUCGUGACAGCUGUAGGUGUCAACUCACAGACGGGCAUCAUCUUCACCUUGCUGGGUGCUGGAGAGAUGGAGGAAGAUGGGAAGGAGAAGAAAGGAAAACAACCUGAUGGAGCUGUGGAGAACAAUCAGAACAAAGCCAAGAAGCAGGAUGGAGGUGUUGCCAUGGAAAUGCAACCCUUGAAGAGUGCAGAGGGAGGGGAGGUAGAGGACAGAGAGAAGAAGAAGACCAAUGUUCCAAAGAAAGAGAAGAGUGUCUUGCAGGGCAAGCUCACCAAACUGGCGGUUCAAAUUGGCAAAGCAGGUUUGGUGAUGUCUGCCAUUACUGUCAUCAUUCUGGUGCUGUAUUUUGUCAUCAACACUUUUGUCGUUGAAGGUCAUACAUGGUUGUCAGAGUGUACACCGGUCUACGUCCAGUACUUUGUCAAGUUCUUUAUCAUUGGCGUCACUGUGCUGGUAGUGGCUGUCCCGGAGGGCUUACCUCUUGCUGUCACCAUCUCUCUGGCUUACUCUGUCAAGAAAAUGAUGAAGGACAAUAACCUUGUACGUCACCUGGACGCGUGUGAGACCAUGGGCAAUGCCACAGCCAUCUGCUCUGAUAAGACCGGCACUCUCACUACCAACCGCAUGACUGUGGUGCAGACUUUCUUAGGUGACACGCACCACCGUGUGAUCCCAGACCCUGGACAGCUCAACCCCCGAACACUGGAUCUAUUAGUCAAUGCUAUAGCUAUCAACAGCGCCUACACCUCCAAGAUCUUACCACCAGAUGUGGAGGGGGGUCUGGCUAAGCAAGUGGGCAACAAGACAGAGUGUGGCUUGCUGGGAUUUGUAUUAGACCUUCAGCAGGACUACACCCCUGUCAGAGAGCAGAUCCCUGAGGAGAGACUAUAUAAGGUGUAUACAUUCAACUCAGUGCGUAAAUCCAUGAGCACUGUGAUCAAGCUGCCUGACGGUUCCUUCCGUCUCUACAGCAAAGGAGCCUCCGAGAUCAUGCUGAAGAAGUGUUCCUACAUUCUAGAUGCCAAUGGAGAAGCACGCAGUUUCCGCCCACGUGACAGAGAUGAGAUGGUCAAACAGGUGAUUGAGCCAAUGGCAUGUGAGGGGUUGAGGACCAUCUGCAUUGCAUAUCGUGACAUACCAUCCAAUCCAGAGCCAGAGUGGGACAACGAGGCAGAAAUAGUGACAGAAUUGACCUGCAUAACUGUGGUUGGAAUAGAGGACCCUGUGCGGCCUGAGGUACCUGAUGCCAUUCGUAAGUGUCAACGUGCAGGCAUUACGGUGCGGAUGGUGACUGGCGAUAACAUUAACACAGCCCGGGCCAUUGCUGCUAAAUGUGGCAUCAUCCACCCUGGGGAUGACUUUAUCUGUUUAGAGGGCAAAGACUUCAACCGACGAAUCAGGAACGAGAAAGGAGAGAUUGAACAGGAACGUAUUGACAAAAUUUGGCCCAAACUCCGGGUGUUGGCUCGAUCCUCACCAACAGACAAACACACGCUGGUCAAAGGAAUCAUCGACAGCAGUGUCAUAGAACAGAGGCAGGUUGUCGCAGUAACAGGAGAUGGAACCAAUGACGGACCAGCUUUGAAGAAAGCUGAUGUGGGCUUUGCCAUGGGUAUUGCGGGGACAGAUGUGGCUAAAGAGGCAUCUGACAUCAUCCUGACUGAUGACAACUUCAGCAGCAUUGUCAAGGCGGUGAUGUGGGGACGAAAUGUCUAUGACAGCAUCUCCAAGUUCCUGCAGUUCCAGCUCACAGUUAACGUAGUAGCUGUCAUAGUGGCCUUCACCGGGGCCUGCAUCACUCAGGACUCUCCUCUGAAGGCAGUGCAGAUGCUGUGGGUGAAUCUGAUCAUGGACACAUUUGCUUCUUUGGCCCUGGCCACCGAGCCCCCCACUGAGGACCUGUUGCUACGGAAACCGUACGGCCGGAACAACCCGCUCAUCUCACUAACCAUGAUGAAGAACAUCCUGGGUCAUGGAGUGUACCAGCUGGUCAUCAUAUUCACCCUGCUGUUCAUAGGCGAGCGCAUGUUUAACAUCGACAGUGGCCGCAAUGCACCGCUCCACUCCCCUCCCUCUGAGCACUAUACCAUCAUAUUUAACACCUUUGUUCUCAUGCAACUUUUCAACGAGAUCAACGCUCGCAAGAUCCAUGGAGAGAGAAAUGUCUUUGAUGGAAUAUUUGCCAACCCCAUCUUCUGCUCUAUCGUUCUGGGGACCUUUGCCGUUCAGAUCGUGAUUGUGCAGUGGGGAGGCAAGCCCUUCAGCUGUGCUCCUCUCAAUGUCGAGCAGUGGCUCUGGUGUCUGUUUGUGGGAGUUGGAGAGCUGCUCUGGGGGCAGGUGAUUGCCACGGUGCCGACAGCGCGUCUGCCUUGCCUGAAGGAGGCAGGACUGGGCCUGGAGCCAGGGGAGGAAGAAGGGGAGGAGCUUGCAGAGGAUGAGGAGGAGAUUGACUGUGCUGAGAGAGAGCUGCGCCGUGGACAGAUCCUCUGGUUCAGAGGCCUCAACCGCAUCCAGACCCAGAUGGAGGUAGUGAGCACGUUCAAGCGAAGCGGUUCGUUUCAGGGAGCAGUGAGACGGCGCUCCUCCGUGCUCAGUCAGCUACACGACGUAAACACUAUCUCUACCCCCUCUCACAUGCGAGUGGUGAAAGCAUUCCGUAGUUCACUGUACGAGGGCCGGGAGAAACCAGAAUCCCGCAACUCCAUCCACAACUUCAUGGCCCACCCGGAGUUCCUCAUCAACGACCUCAUCCACAACAUCCCGCUGAUUGACGACACUGAUGUGGACGACGAAUCAGAGCUCAGCAGAUACCAGCACCUGCACCCGGCCCUCCGCAAGCCGCCGCCCCCUCCUACCCAGUCGACCCGCACUCGCCCCACCCGCCCCUACCGCCAAUACAGCCUCCCUGUGACCCCGUGCAACCGAAACAACAACAACAACAGCAGCAGCAGCAGCUGCAGCAGCAUUAGUUCAGCAGUCACCCACUGCAACAAAAACAGCACCAUCGCAUUUACCCCCAGCAACCGGAGCCCCCAUCAGCAUCACCGCCACCAACACCACCAUAAUCAUCAUGGCAGGGACAGACCAGUGAAACCCUCUGCCCCUCACCUGGCGCACCUCUACUGCGUGGAGACUUCCUUAUAACUGAGCUGAAUGUGGGUUGUGGGGAGAGGAGAAGAGGAACAGAGUCUUGGGGAGGGGGAGGAAAGGGGAGCGGAAGAGAGGGCUGAGGACUCACUCAUGACAUUUUCAUCCACUCUCCCUUGCAACAAGUUAACAGGAGGGAGUGAAGGACAAGGGAGGUACAGGAGGGAGUGGACAAUGGCUGGAGACUUGCCCCACAACUCCCUGAGAACAUUGCACCUUUCCCUCCCUUUGCCCUUGCUCCUGCCCUCUCAGUCUGACCCCUUGACACCCCACCCCUGCCUGCCUCCAUCCUCGAACCCACCACCCCGUCUGUCGUCCAUUCCUGAAGAUCCAACCAUGCCCUGCCUGACCUCAUGCACACUCAUCACACACAUGCACCGGUCUGCUCUCACUGCUUUGACGUGAGCGUUGGUGCGUUGGGGAUGGAGGGAGGGAGGGAGAUGGACAUAAAAAAACAACAACAAAAAAAGACAACACAUCCCUCAAUUCUUCAGCAGAAGCAGGCCAUGUCAGGGCCAGAGGUUGACUCUCUCUGUUUCUAUUGGUGUUCACCAUCAGUGUUACUACCCAUCUACCUGCCAUGGCACCAUAGUCACCACCACCAUUACUGAUCUAGCUACAAGCUAUGGCCACUUGAAAUCACCAGUUUGCUUGCGAUAUAAGUAAAACGCUUUGUUAAAGCUUUAACUAGACUUCCAUCAAUUCCAUCGUCCGACUCAUUUAUUUUUUAACAUGAUGGUGCUCAUUUCUUUCUUUCUUUUACAUUAGUUUAUGUCUUUUCACUCACGUUUGUGAGUUGUCAUAUUUUCUUUUUUUUCAUUCUUCUCUCUCUUUCAAUGUAUGUAUGUGUAUUGUCUUGUUUCAUCUGCAAAAAACUAACAAAAACAUAAGAAAAACAGAAAUAGCAAACAAACAUACUGUUCAUUUAAACCUAAUAAUUAACAGAA